UGUUCUCGCGGUGUUUGCGCACCGACAUUUCGUGCCCGUAACAACCUGCAGCAGAGGGACGGGAAGAGAAGAAAAAGAGCUUCGUUCAUGAGUUAAAACUCAGAGCUUUUUGUUGAAAUUUCUCGAUGGCGGACUGUGUCUCUAAGGUGGAGCUGUGUGUCUCCUGUACUGACCUGCUGGACAAAGAUGUCGGCUCAAAGUCGGAUCCUCUGUGCGUGCUGCUGCAGAAGACAGGAGGAGACAGCUGGACAGAGCUGGGUCGUACCGAACGUUUGAUGAACGCGUCCAGUCCGUCCUUCAGUCAGCGUCUAAGGAUCGAUUAUCACUUUGAGACCGUUCAGAAUCUGAAGCUGGCGGUCUACGACAUCGACAACUCCAGCACUGACCUCGGUGAUGAUGACUACCUGGGAGGGGUGGAGCUAACUCUGGGACAGAUCAUUUCCAGUAAAACUAUAACCAGACCUCUGCAGCUGAAGAAAGGCAAACCUGCAGGAAAAGGAGCCAUCACUAUCUCAGCAGAGGAGAUAAAGGACAACAGAGCCGUUCAGUUGGAGUUUGAGGCUAAAAAGCUCGACAAGAAGGAUACAUUUGGAAAGUCUGAUCCCUUCCUGGAGAUAUUUAGAAAAGGAGAUGACGGAAAGUGGCAGCUGGUCCACCGAACAGAGGUGGUGAACAACAAUCUGAAUCCUACCUGGAAGAAGUUCACUGUUCCUCUGCAGACGUUCUGCUGCAGCGACCUCGAACGACCCCUGAAGGUGGACUGUUCGGACCAUGACAGCGAUGGAUCUCACGACCUGAUUGGUUCCUUCACCACUAAAGUCUCUGAGCUGCAGAAAGCUGCGCACGGGUCACCGGUGGAGUUUGACUGUGUCCACCCCGAGAAACAGAAGAAGAAGAAGAGCUACAAGAACUCUGGAGUCGUCUCUGUGAAGAGCUGCAAGCUGUUGACCCAGUACUCCUUCCUGGACUACGUGAUGGGCGGCUGCCAGAUCAACUUCACUGUUGGGAUCGACUUCACCGGCUCUAAUGGAGAUCCUCGCUCGCCAAACUCUCUCCACUACAUGAGUCAAGACGGGGGGAACCAGUACCUGUCCGCUCUGUGGUCUGUGGGUCAUGUGGUCCAGGACUACGACACGGAUAAACUCUUCCCAGCGUUCGGUUUUGGAGCCAAACUUCCUCCGGACUUCCAGGCUGCAAACCAUGAGUUCGCCCUCAACUUCAACCCAACCAACCCCUACUGCCAAGGUAUUCAGGGGAUCGUUGACGCCUACAGGAUGGUUUUGCCUCAGCUGAGACUCUCUGGACCCACAAACUUCUCUCCCAUCAUCAACCACGUUGCUUCCAUCGCUGCUGCUGCUGCUCAGACCAAUGCCGCCUCUCAAUACUGCGUCCUCCUCAUCCUCACUGACGGGGAAAUCACCGACUUGGACCAGACCAGGGACGCCAUCGUCAGGGCAUCGCGGCUGCCGCUGUCAAUCAUCAUCGUGGGGGUGGGGCCAGCAGACUUUAAGGCCAUGGAGCUUUUGGACGGAGACGACGGCGUGCUGAGGUCGACAGUGGGAGAGGCCGUCGCCAGAGACAUCGUCCAGUUCGUCCCGUUCAGGCAGUUCAAAGAUGCUCCCCAACAAGCUCUGGCUCAGUCUGUACUCGCUGAGGUUCCCAACCAGUUGGUCUCUUAUUUCAAAAUGAGAGGCCUGGAACCACCCAAACCACAAGCUGCCCCCAAAUCCUAAAACCACCCCCCUUCAUGGAGCCUUAAAACCCAAACCAAGCACUCCCCAGACCAAUCAUGAAGAUGCUGAAGGCCCACCUCAUUCCAGGAUCAGACCACGCCCCCUACUCACACACCCACAAAGACGACCACUGCUUUGAGACCAAUCUCUGAUGACUCUCAGCCAAGAGACAACUCUGCACGGAGCUGUCAGCCAAUCAGGACGCCAAGAGGAACAUCUCCACUUCUUUUUUUUAUAUAUAUAUAUUUGUUAUAAUCUCGCUGAUUUAUUCUUCAAUGAAAGGAAUGAUUAUGAUGUAGUUUAGAUGUUUCUGCUGCUUACACUCUUAACUAUGCAAAUGAAAUUUACUAAUGUUCCACCGUCACAGAGCCACACACACGCCACCUGCUGGUUACUGAAGAGGCAUGCACACAGGUGGAGCUGAGGCGGGUUGAAUGAGUAUCUCUGUUACUGAAACACACCCACCUAGCUCGUAGCUCGUCAUGUAGCGAGUUUAUUCCUGACAAUAUAAAAACACAGCCGACAUUUUAAGGUCAGUAACAGGAUUUAGCUGAAGUGAUGCGAACAGCCUCAACUUGCCCAGCUGUCAAUCAAGUCAGCCCCGCCCCUUAUCAUUCCUAAUUAUGCUAAACUCUUACCUGUGAUCCAUGUGUUACCAUGGUGACACUCUGAACUCCAUACAAGAUGUGUGUGUGUGGCUCUGUUCAGCUUUAUUCAGGUAUGAAUACUUUGCACUUUGCUUUUGCUCUAAAUGCUGGAGAACUGUAUUAUAUGAAUGAUGGUGUUUACUCUUGAUCCUAGCUUUAACACUUUAGCCUUAUUAUAAACUUUGACCUUACUCUUCGCUCUCUGCUGCUUCAGCCUGAAUGUUCUCGGACCGCUUUGUCACGACUCAGUGGUUUGUUAAGGCCGCCAUUUUGGCUCAUAGGAAGAACUAAAUUCUACCACAGAAGAUUAAAGAACAUAUAAGUCACAACAUGAAUAUCUUGCUGCUACGUAAAGGUUCAGCUUUGUUACAGGCUGCAGAGUUACUGAGUGAGUAAUCUAUACGGAGAAAAAUAAAAGUUAACUUGACUUAAAUUAGCAAUAAAUGAAAAUAUUAAAAUGUAAAAGAAAAAUAACAAAUAAAGAAUCAUGCAGUGUGGUUUGAAGAGCACUCAUUGGUUCAGACUGUUCUGAUAGUUAAGUGCCUUAUUAACUGAAUACUAUGAAACACUUUAUAAGUCUCGAGUGGAGCCGUCAUGGCCGUCGCCUUCAUGAUGAUGUGACGCUGAAUUAGGUCAUGUGUCAGCGUACCGUUAAUAAUAUCUUUAGGAUUUAUGUUUAAACAUUUAUAUGUCUAAAAAAGAGAAGAAACAUCGUUCACAUUCAAAGAAUCAUGAUUCUAAAUUUGAUGCUUGUUUAAUUAAAAACAUUAUUUGACUCCACACGGCGUCCAACACGUCCGAAUAAAUCACAGGAACUGCUUGAGAUUGCAAUUCUGCAACAGCGCUGUAACAAAGUUCUGCUGUCAUUAUGCCACAGUGCUUCAGUGCCAACUAAGCGUCUGUGUCAUUCUCUGCUCUGUUUCUUACCCAAAUACUUUUUCCCUUCCCACCUGAGAUACUGGAAGGCCAAAACAUCCACAUUUCAUGUAAGAAAAUUGUCAAAAGUCAUGUUUACUCCUGCAAAGCCACAAUCUAGUUAUUAAUGUAAACCGCUCAUUUAACCAUAAACGCCAAAGCUUCUUCUGCAACCACAUUGAACCUCUCAUGACGAGCAGCUUAGCUCUGGACGUUCAUUGAAUUGUGUCAAUUGUUUUAUUUCUUUCUGGGUUUUUUUUUUCCAUUUUCUUAAAAGUCAACAUUUUUAAAGUAGGACUUUUUUGUGCAAAAAGCUUGAAACAUUUUAUGACCCGUUGACGUCACAGAUCAACCAAGGUCACUCUUUAUAUCAGUCUAAGUCACUGCAAAUAAUCAGAAUUGUAUUGUCUUUCAAAAAUAUUUAUGAACUCUUCAAAUUUGAAAACCUUAACAGGAUUUAUCUUUCAGGAAAUUAACAACUGCACAUGUCUUUCCAAAGUUUGACCCAGAUCAAACUUAUUUUUCUCUGAAAAGAAAGUAUAAUAUGCACUUACAAGCUUCAUGAAAAGCAAAAUAAGCGGACCAGGAUUUUAUUAUAUUUGUGUUUGUUUUUUUCAUCUUAUGUUGUCUGAAAAGCCAAACUGUCCCUGUCAGGCUGCUGUUACAGCAAGCUGCUGUUUGUUUUUUUCAUACAUGUGGCUUAAAGUAUUCAAAAUGUUGAGUAUGCUCAGCUAAAAUGUCCUCUGUUUUUGUUGUAAGAUGUUAAUAAGGAAGAAAUGAAUAUCUGCAUGAAGAUCAGAGCUGAAGGAGUUGUAGCAUCACUUUCAAACCAACUCAUGAUCAUGAUCAUGUGAAGCUAUCAUUACUUUCCCAAAUUUACAAAAAGCUUAAACCAAGCGGAAAAUGCCGCUUCUGCUUAUCUCAAUAAAAAACUACAUCUCCCAUAAUGCUUUGCUUCACAGUGUUGCCCACAGUGAUCCAAACCGUAACAUCUUUUAUCAGCAUCAUGCAAAUCUUUAACAGGUCGACCAUCAGCAUGACGCCGCCGUCGCUUCCACUGCUCAAUCAUCCAACUAACUUCUAACUAGUAAAAUGUAACCAGUAUAACCAGUAACAGCGUGCCUGUAUGAAUGCCAACUGUUAUAAUCAAUAAUAAAACAACUUUGGGAAAGAAAAAAA